AUGCCUUCAAUUUAUGCACGCAAGUCGACGACUGCAGUUGACGUAUGCGAUAUAGAAAAUCACAUGUUCACUAACGAGCCCGGUCGCACUUAUCAUAGGGCCAUGUUUUAUGGUACUUCAUGUGAUGAAGCGCUCUUGACGUAUGUUCCUGAAGAUGUGGAUGGUGUUAUCCGCGCGCAUAUGUGGAUAGGCGGUGCUCAUUAUUCGUCGUAUCAUGGUUUGCAUCCUCGUGCAGUAUCUGUUGGCGGUUUCCCCGGUUCCUGUUAUAGCAUCUUUCGCGAUGCGUAUAGCGUCAUUUUCUUUGAUCGGAAUCCUUCUCUGCCUGUCAAUCGCGCGCUUUCUUGUUCCGCUGAUGCACUCACUCCGUGGUAUGGUGACAUCCUGGUUGUCAAACAUGUAGGUCACAAUCAUCAGGCGUUGCAAUCCAUCUCGUUUGAGGAAAAGGCUCUCAUAGACGCCUUUCUGUCAAGCACUUCCAUGUACCUCAUCAACCGUCUUUCACUCGCCUCUUUGGUUGGGUCAGUUCCACUCCUCAUGUACCACUAUAAUGUUCUUCCCAAUUCUUCAGCUUCUACGUCCCACUUUGAUGCCCGUGGAUCAAAAUCUUCUCCGUUUUUGACGAUGGACAGUUCUCCCCAUGGACACAGUCUUUUGCUGAAGAUUUCUAGCAUGACAGGAUGA